AGCACCGAUCACACGGUAGGCUCGUGAUGGCGUGGUGUCUGUGUGCCGGCAGAUAAUCUUGCCGACCAGUGUGACGCUCGAGACAUAUAUGAGUGGCCUCGCCUACCCCAUCCCCGACCUGCAUGAUCGACGUCCGUUCGCUUCUGUGUCCAUCACUUCCCCGGAUUUCCACAACGCAGAGCCUGGCACCGGACAAGCACCACAGCCGACAACACCAGAGUUGCUGCUCCCCAAACUGGUCAACAUGGGCGUCCUCUCCUCCAAAAAAGGCGCCGCCAAGGCUGUUGGCGAUGACCUCGCCGCGGUACUUCCUCAAGACGGCAGGUCGUGGUACACGACACCGCAUCUGAUCCGCCUCAACCUGUGCCUACUCAUCCCAUUGCUGUCGUCGGCAACCGUCGGUUAUGAUGGCUCCAUGAUGAACGGCCUGCAGAUCCUCCCUCAGUGGAAGGGCUACUUUGGCAACCCCGAAGGUGCUCUCCUGGGUGUUAUGAACGCUGUCUAUCCUCUCGGCAAGCUCGUCGCUCUUGCGUUCGUCGCCUACUUCACCGACAGAUUCGGCCGCAGGAUCCCUCUCGCGGUUGGCCUGGUCCUCUGCAUCGGCUUCGCCAUCAUGCAGGGCCUCGCGCAGAGCAUCCCCACCUUCAUCACCGCGCGCGCCCUGCUCGGCUUUGCGACCUCGUGUAUCGGCCAGCCGAGCCCUGUGCUCAUCACUGAGCUCGCGUACCCGACCCACCGCGGCAAGAUCACGGCCAUGUACAACACCUUCUUCUACUUUGGCGCCGUCUUUGCCGCGUGGUGCACGUUUGGCACCUUCAAGCUGCCCGACACCUGGGCGUGGAGAAUCCCGUCGAUCCUCCAGGGCGCGAUCCCCGUGAUCCAGCUCGCCGGCCUGGCCUUCGUGCCCGAGUCCCCCCGCUGGCUGGUCGCCCGGGGCCACACCGAGAAGGCUCGCAAGGUGCUCGCUGACUUCCAUGCCGGUGGUGACCUGAACGCGCCGCUGGUCAACUUUGAGCUGCGCGAGAUCGAGGCCGCCCUCGAGCUCGAGGCCGAAAUGUCCAAGACCUCGUGGAUGGAGCUCGUGCGCAACCCUGCGAACCGCAAGCGCACGCUGAUUGCCGUCAUUGUUGGCUGGUUUGCCCAGUGGAAUGGCGCCGCCGUGCUGUCGUACUACCUCGUCCUCGUCCUCAACACCAUCGGCAUCACCAACGCCUUCGACCAGACCCUCAUCAAUGGCCUUCUCCAGAUCUUCAACUGGAUCGUUGCCACUCUCGGCGGCGCCAUGAUGGUUGACCGCAUUGGUCGCCGCACGCUGUUCCUCGUCGCCACUAGCGGCAUGCUGGUGAGCUACAUGAUCUGGACCGGGCUGUCCGCCCACUUCGUCCAGAGCAACGACGCGGCCGCCGGCAAGGCUGUCGUGGCCUUUAUUUUCAUCUUUUACUUCUUCUACGAUGUGGCAUGGACACCAAUGCUCCACGCUUAUCCCGUCGAGAUCUUCCAGUAUACCCUCCGCGGCCGCGGCCUGUCCGUCACCCUGAUGGCCUCGACGACGGGCCUCAUCGUGGGCAACCAGGUCAACCCCAUCGCCAUGAAGGCCAUCGCGUGGAAGUACUACAUUGUCUUCUGCUGCAUCCUCGCCUGCCUCGUCGUCAUCAUCUACUUCCUCUUCCCCGAGACCCGCGGCCACACGCUCGAGGAGAUCCGCGAGAUCUUCGAGGGCAAGCUGGACGCCGCGGGGCUGGGCAAGGACGUCGAGGCCGCGCCGUUGCCCAGUGAUGAUGCGAGCGACGAGGGGGUCGUCCAUGAGAAGGGUGGUGCUGCGGCGGCGAGCAAGGGCGGUGCGAAGCACAUGGAGGUUACUGCUGCUUGAGAGCAGAUCACUGAUGCACGGACGGCGCAGCUGCUACUGCGCGGUCAAAAUGGUGUCUAGAAGGGCUUGUGGUUGGAGUUGGGCUCUUCUCGAGUGAAUUUUGACCAGCAAUGAUACACCCUACCAGAUAAAGCCUGCCAGUGCCUAGAUCAGCGAGUCCUAGAUACAAAGUUCUAGACAUGCCAACGUUGAAUGUCUCUGCUUG